AUGACUCCAGGUCUUGGCCACCCGCCUAAAGAGGUACCAGCUAAAGUGUACUCUCAGUGGCAGGGUAAUAACAACAAGGCAGACCCGCCAAAGCUGGAGACUGAUCAACACUGGAAAGGCAUAUGGGAGAAGGCGGCAUCACACAACAGCGAGUUGUGUUUGAUGAUGCAGGGGGACUAUGUGUGGCUGGACCUUAAGACGGGACGAGAAUUUGAUGUCCCAGUGGGAGCAGUGGUCAAACUGUGUGACUCUGGACAGAUCCAGGUUCUGGAUGAUGAAGGACGGGAACAUUGGAUUUCCCCUCAGAAUGCCACCAACAUCAAGCCAAUGCACCCAACCUCCAUCCACGGGGUGGAGGACAUGAUCCGUCUGGGCGACCUCAACGAAGCCGGGAUCCUCCGCAACCUACUUAUCCGCUACAACGAACACGUCAUCUAUACGUACACAGGCUCAAUCCUAGUUGCAGUCAAUCCAUACCAGCUGCUGCCCAUCUACACUCCCGACCAGAUCCGCCUCUACACCAACAAGAAGAUCGGCGAGAUGCCGCCGCACAUAUUCGCGAUAGCAGACAACUGUUACUUCAACAUGCAGCGAAACAACAAGGACCAGUGCUGCAUUAUCAGCGGUGAGUCUGGAGCUGGGAAGACAGAGAGCACAAAGCUGAUUCUGCAGUUCCUGGCCGCCAUCAGCGGCCAGCAUUCCUGGAUAGAGCAGCAGGUUUUGGAGGCUACGCCUAUCCUCGAAGCUUUUGGCAACGCCAAGACGAUUCGUAAUGACAACUCCAGUCGCUUUGGGAAGUACAUAGAUAUCCACUUCAACAAACGAGGAGCCAUCGAAGGAGCCAAAAUAGAGCAGUACCUGCUAGAGAAAUCUCGUGUCUGUCGACAGGCUCCAGAUGAGCGAAACUACCACGUUUUCUACUGCAUGCUGAAGGGCAUGGCUCCGGAGAUGAAAGCCAAACUGGGUCUGGGCCUCGCCGCAAACUACUCCUACCUCACCAUGGGUAACUGCACAGAAUGUGACGGCCGAGAUGACCUGAGUGAAUACUCCAGCAUCCUGUCAGCCAUGAAGGUCCUCAUGUUCACCGAGACAGAGAACUGGGAGAUCUCCAAGCUGCUGGCUGCCAUCUUGCAUAUGGGCAACCUGGGAUUUGAGGCCCGCACGUAUGACAACCUGGACGCCUGUGUGGUUGUGAGAUCUCCUGACCUGGUGACUGCUGCUUCACUCAUGGAGGUGGAGCCUAAGGCUGUGAUGGUGUGUUUGACCACUCGGACUCUCAUAACUCGAGGUGAAAGUGUCACCACGCCUCUAAGUGUUCAACAAGGCCUGGACGUCCGGGACGCCUUUGUCAAGGGGAUCUAUGGGAGGCUGUUUGUCUGGAUAGUAGAAAAGAUUAAUGCUGCCAUAUACCGGCCUCCUUCCUGUGAGAGCAGUAUCAUACGAAAAUCAAUCGGGCUACUGGACAUCUUUGGUUUUGAGAACUUCAUUGUCAACAGUUUUGAGCAGCUGUGCAUCAACUUUGCCAACGAGAACCUGCAGCAGUUCUUUGUUCGCCACGUUUUCAAACUGGAGCAGGAGGAGUAUAACCUGGAGGACAUCAGCUGGCAGCACAUCGAGUUCACCGAUAACCAGGAUGCACUGGACAUGAUUGCCCACAAACCCAUGAAUAUCAUCUCUCUCAUUGAUGAAGAGAGCAAAUUCCCCAAGGGAACUGAUGCUACGAUGUUGUAUAAACUCAAUUCACAGCACAAACUCAACUCCAACUACAUUCCUCCUAAAAACAGCUAUGAAACCCAGUUUGGUAUCCAACACUUUGCUGGAGUGGUUCAUUAUGAGUCCAGAGGGUUCCUGGAGAAGAACCGAGACAGCCUCCACACUGACAUCAUCCAGCUCGUCCACUCGUCCAAGAACAAGUUCAUCAAGCAGAUCUUCCAGGCUGAUGUUGCCAUGGGUGUUGAGACGAGGAAACGCUCUCCGACUCUGAGCAGCCAGUUCAAACGUUCCCUGGAGAUGCUGAUGAGGACGCUCAGUGUGUGUCAACCGUUCUUCGUCCGCUGCAUUAAACCCAAUGAGCUCAAAAAACCAAUGCUGUUCGAUAGAGAGUUGUGUAUCCGCCAGCUGCGCUACUCGGGCAUGAUGGAGACCAUCCGGAUAAGGCGAGCCGGUUAUCCGAUCAGAUACAGCUUUGCUGAAUUUGUGGAUCGUUACCGAGUCCUGAUGCCUGGCAUCAAACCUGCUCACAUACAGGAGGACUUACGGGGCACCUGCCAGCAGAUAGUUCAGGCCCGGCUGGGGGGACAUGACGACUGGCAGAUUGGAAAAACCAAGAUUUUCUUAAAGGACCACCAUGACAUGCAGCUGGAGAUCGAGAGAGACAAAGCCAUCACUGACAAGGUCAUCCUCAUCCAGAAGGCCGUGCGUGGGCUGAAAGCUAGGACAAACUUCCUCAGACUCAGGAGUGCUGUGACUUUCAUUCAGAAGGUCUGGCGGGGUUAUCAGUGCAGGAAGAAUUACCAAACUAUGAAGGUGGGUUUCACUCGCCUCCAGGCAGUCUCCAGGUCGAGGAAGUACUACAGAAGCUACCAGAUUACUCGCCGCUGUGUAACUGUCAUCCAAGCCCGCUGCCGAGGCUUCCUCAUCCGGCAGACGUUUUGGCGUCGUCUCCGAGCCGUGUUGACCAUCCAGGCCUACACCAGGGGCAUGAUAGCCAGGCGCCUCUGCCAGAGGCUCAGGGCGGAGCGGCAGCAUCGCCUGGAUGCUGAGCGCCAGCGCCUGGCCGAGGAGGAGCAGCUGCGAAACCAGAUGACUGUCCGGCGGGCCAAAGCGGAGGCCGAGAGGAAACACCAGGAGCGGCUGAUCCAGCUGGCCCAGCAGCAGGAGGAGAGGGAGAGGGAGGAAAAGGAGGAGGCGAGGAGGAAGAAGGAGCUGCUGGAGCAGAUGGAGAGGGAGAAGGAGCAGCCCAUCGACCACUCCGACAUGGUCGACCGUAUGUUUGGUUUCCUCGGAGAUUCUGGUCCAUUACCAAACCAGGACGGACAAGCACCAGCUGGGUUUGAAGAUUUGGAGAAGACGCCUCGUGGUGAGGAAGCUGAAGAGGAGUUGCUGAACGAAGCUCCGCCCCUGCCCGAAGAGGAAGAGGAAGAUUUGUCCGAGUACAAAUUUUCCAAGUUUGCUGCAACUUACUUCCAGGGUGUUUCCACUCACACUUACAUCAGACGGCCGCUGAAACAACCUCUGCUUUUCCACGAGGAUGAAGGAGACCAGCUGGCUGCUUUAGCAGUGUGGAUCACUGUGUUGAGGUUCAUGGGGGACCUACCAGAGCCCAAAUGCCAGAUGGUUAUCAACGACGGCAGCGAAAAGAUCCCAGUCAUGACCAAGAUCUACGAAACUCUGGGCAAGAGGACCUACAAGAGGGAGCUGCAGGAGCUGCAAGUGGAAGAAGAGAACAGCUCCAUUGAGACCCAGAAGAGGAACAGCAUCAGGCAUAAACUUGUGUCUCUCACCCUGAAGAGGAAAUCUAAGAUCACAGAGGAGGUCGCCAGACGGCUGACAGAGGGGGGAGACUACAGCCUUCAGGGGAACAGCAUGCUGGAGGACCGACCCACCUCCAACCUGGAGAAGCUUCACUUUAUUAUCGGAAACGGCAUCUUACGGCCCGCCCUCAGGGAUGAGAUCUACUGUCAGAUCUGCAAGCAGCUCACCCAGAACCCGUCCAAAAGCAGCCACGCCCGUGGAUGGAUCCUGCUGUCCCUCUGCGUGGGCUGCUUCGCCCCCUCUGAGAAGUUUGUCAAAUAUUUACGGACGUUUUUGAUCAACGGUCCUCCUGGUUACGCUCCGUACUGCGAGGAAAGGCUGAGAAGGACGUUUGUGAACCUGACCCGGACACAGCCGCCAUCGUGGUUGGAACUGCAGGCCACAAAAUCUAAAAAACCCAUCAUGCUGCCAGUAACGUUCAUGGACGGCACCACGAAGACUCUGCUGGCAGACUCCGCCACCACAGCCAGUGAGCUCUGCAACGCGUUGGCAGAUAAGAUCAACCUGAGGGAUCGCUUCGGCUUCUCACUGUACAUCGCUCUGUUUGACAAGGUGUCGUCGCUGGGCAGCGGGAGCGACCACGUGAUGGACGCCGUCUCACAGUGUGAGCAGUAUGCGAAGGAGCAGGGUGCCCAGGAGAGGAACGCCCCCUGGAGGCUGUUCUUCAGGAAGGAGAUCUUCAACCCCUGGCACAACCCUGCUGACGACUACGUUGCAACAAACCUCAUUUACCAGCAGAUUGUCCGGGGGGUGAAAUUUGGAGAGUACCGCUGUGAGAGGGAGGAGGAUCUGGCUGAGCUGGCCUCUCAGCAGUACUAUGUGGAUUACGGCUCUGAGAUCCUCCAGGAACGUCUGCUCAGCCUCAUCCCGUCUUACAUCCCCGACAGAGAAAUCACAGCUAAUAAAACUGCAGAGAAAUGGGCUCAGCUCAUCAUCGGUGUCCACAAAAAGGGAUUACACAACAAAAGGAGGCUGAACACACAGAAGGUGAAGGAGGAUGUGGUGGAUUUUGCUCGGUUAAAGUGGCCUUUACUCUUCUCACGCUUCUACGAGGCCUUCAAAUUCUCAGGGCCCAGUCUUCCUAAGAAUGACGUCAUCGUGGCGGUCAACUGGACUGGGGUUUACUUUGUGGACGAACAGGAACAGGUCCUUCUGGAGCUUUCCUUCCCAGAGAUUACAGCCGUUUCCAGCAGUAGAGGGGGUAAACUCCAGGGUCAGAGUUUCACGUUGGCCACCAUGAAAGGAGACGAGUACACGUUCACCUCCAACAAUGCAGAGGACAUCCGUGACCUGGUGGUUGCCUUCCUCGAGGGUCUGAGGAGGAGGUCUAAAUACGUGGUGGGACUGCUGGACUGUCUGAACCCCGCGGGGGUCAAUUCCACAUUCCUGAGUUUCUCUAAAGGGGAUCUGAUCAUCCUGGACGAACAUGACGGGGAACAUGUGAUGAACUCAGGGUGGGCUCAUGGAGUCAAUGACAGGACCAAACAGAGAGGGGACUUCCCUGCCGACUGUGUCUACGUGCUGCCCACCAUCACCAGGCCACAGUAUGACAUAGUGGCUCUGGUGACGAUGACUCCUGAUCAGAGGCGAGAAUCUGUCAGCUUGUCUCAGAUGAACCUUGCUGAGCGGGACGACAAAUCCAAGGCCUACACGCUGGAGGAGUACUCCUACGACUACUUCAGGCCUCCUCCGAAGAGCACUCUGAGCAGGGUGAUGAUCUCUAAAGCCCGAGGGAAGGAGCGUCUGUGGAGCUGCAUCAGGGAGCCUCUCAAACAGCCUCUGCUGAAGAAAGUCCUGGCUCAUGAGGAGCUCUCCCAGGAUGCCUGUCUGGCCUUCAUCGCUGUGAUGAAGUAUAUGGGCGACUACCCAUCCAAACGAGGGCGUUCGGUCAACGAGCUCACAGAUCAGAUAUUUGAAGGAGCGCUGAAGGCUGAGCCCCUCAAAGACGAAAUCUUCUGUCAGAUUCUCAAGCAGCUAACAGACAAUCACAUAAAGUACAGUGAGGAGAAGGGCUGGGAGCUGCUGUGGCUCUGCACUGGUUUGUUUCCACCCAGUAACAUCCUGCUGCCUCAUGUCCAGAAGUUCCUCCAGGCCAAGAAACACUACCCGCUGGCUCCAGACUGCAUGCAGCGCCUACAGAAAGCUUUAAGAAAUGGAUCGAGGAAGUAUCCCCCUCACCUGGUGGAGGUGGAGGCCAUCCAGCACAAAACUACUCAGAUCUUCCAUAAAGUUUACUUCCCUGAUGACUCAGAUGAGGUAUUUGAAGUGGAAUCGAGCACAAAGGCCAAAGACUUCUGUCAUAACAUCUCUGGACGCCUCAUGCUCAAAUCCUCGGAGGGCUUCAGUCUUUUUGUGAAGAUCACAGACAAGGUCAUCAGCGUGCCGGACGGCGACUUUUUCUUCGACUUUGUGAGGCAUCUGACCGACUGGAUCAAAAAAGCAAGACAUGUAAAAGAUGGGAGUGCAGGUGUAGUGCCACCACUGACCUAUCAGGUGUUCUUCAUGAAGAAGCUUUGGACUAACACGGUGCCGGGGAAAGACUCCAUGGCUGACUCCAUCUUCCACUAUUACCAGGAGCUUCCCAAAUAUCUCCGCGGAUACCACAAGUGUUCGAAGGAGGAGGUGCACCAGCUGGCAGCGCUGAUCUACAGGGUGAAGUUUGAGGAUGAUAAAUCCCAUUUCCAGAAUAUUUCCAAAAUCCUGAAAGACCUCGUCCCUCAGGACCAGAUGAGACAUCUGUCCCCUGACGACUGGAAGAGGUCCAUCAUGACGCUGUUCAACAAACACUCAGGAAAGACGCGUGAAGACGCCAAACUCUCCUUCUUAAAAGUCAUUUACAAGUGGCUCACGUUUGGUUCUGCCUUCUUUGAAGUCAAGCAAACAACUGAUCCAAAUUACCCAGAAACCCUCCUGAUUGCUAUAAACAAGCAUGGAGUCAGUCUGAUUGAUCCGAAGUCAAAGGACAUCCUCACCACUCACCCCUUCACUAAGAUCUCCAACUGGAGCAGCGGAAACACCUACUUCCACAUCACCAUUGGAAACCUGGUCCGAGGCAGCAAACUGCUGUGUGAGACGUCCCUGGGCUACAAGAUGGACGACCUCCUGACCUCUUACAUCAGCCAGAUGCUGACAACAAUGACCAAACAGCGAACAUCCCGGGGCAACAGCAAGUGAGCAUGCAGCUGGAAAGUCAUCGAUCUCACCAAGUCAAUGGUGCACCACACACAGUGUGAGAAGAAACACACUCCUGAUGUAAAACUGACGCUGUGAACGUUGUCAUGCGUGCGAGGACCCAUCAGCCCUGUCUUAAGCCACCUUUUUGCCUUUGAAUCCCUUUUCACAGCUCAGUUUUGUGACUUUGCUGUGAAGUUUUGUUGUUAAACAGUUACUGCCGUGAUUUUUAGACUUUUUCUGAAGUAUCAGCAUCCGUGUUUAAACAGCUAAACAGAAUUUUGAUUUUCCCAUGAAUAAAAAGUUAAUCUGGGUUGUAUUUAUCGAGUAUCUUUGAAUGGGAAUUUGUUUUAGCAGCCAAAAAUUCAAAGGUAAU